AUGUCCUACACAGAGGACGUGUUUGGGAGGCAUGAAGAGACGGUGUCUGCGUCGCUGCUCUCUCCCUGCCUGCCUGCUCCUGGUGUGCCUAUCUCUGGCUCUGCACCUCCUCCUGGCCCUGUCCUCCUUCUCAGUCUACCAGGCGUCCUGCGGCCCUCUCUCGCACCCCAAGACCAAGACUCUCAGAGCUCUGGCAGACACCAACCUCACCUCGCCAGGGGCUGGCUCACCCAAUCAAGAUGCUUACCCUGGGCAGGUGGACUUACACAGAGACUCCAGAAGAACCACCAGCCUCAACAAAGACAACAGAAAAGGAAAUGUAGAUUCAAGCGAAGAGGACACGCCGAUCGCCUCACUCAACACAGCUGCCAAAGCGGCCUUCCCAAGCUGCAGGCUCUCUUCAGCCAUCCUCUGUACAACCUGCCGCUCCCACCACUCGAGGAAGGCGAUUGGCUGCUGAAAGUAAAGCCAAAGGCGAAGGACAGCAACAGAGACAGCACGCAGGACUGGCUGAGCGACAGCAGGGAGGGGUACGACGCGGCCCAGUGGAACAGCAGCUCUGAGUCCCACCCUCCCUGGCUGCGAUUCCACCUGGGGAUCUCCCGCUGGCAGCUGUACGACAGGAAGGACCCCAACGUGCAGGGUCUGCUCGAGCAGCUGGCCACACACCGCAUCGUCAGUGCAGUGCAGAAAUCAGGAGGGACACAGCUCAAGCUGGUGAUGUCAUUCCCCAACUAUGGACAGGCUCUCUUCAAACCCAUGAAGCAGGAGAGGGAUGCAGAGACAGACUUCAACCUGUUCUACUUCUCUGACUUUGAGAGACACAAUGCUGAGAUCGCCGCGUUCCACCUAGACAGGGUGCUGGGUUUUAGACGGAUUCCACCUGUUGUUGGAAGGCUGAUUAACGUGACAAAGGAGAUCAGAGACAUCACCACUGACCGCAAACUGGCCAGGACCUUCUACACCUCCCCAGUGGGUAACGUCUGUUUCUAUGGUCAGUGCUCCUACUACUGCUCCACGGAGCAUGCGGUCUGUGGGCGCCCCUUCCUGCUGGAGGCGUCUUUGGCGGUCAUGCUUCCCGACCCCUCCCUGGCACCACGCAGGACCUGGAGGAGCCCCUGGAGACGCUCAUAUAGCCGCAGCAAAAAGGCGCAGUGGGAGAAGGACCCAAACUACUGUACAACAGUGAAGAAGACCCCCCCAUAUGACAGAGGCACCCGAUUGGUGGAUUUGAUUGACAUGGCAAUACUGGACUUUCUCAUGAGUAACAUGGACAGACACCAUUAUGAAACCUUUGAGAAAUUUGGGAACAACACUUUCCUUCUGCACUUAGACAAUGGGAGGGCCUUUGGGCGGCACUCUCGAGACGAGCCCUCCAUACUGGCACCCUUACAACAGUGCUGCAGGAUCCGUCACUCCACCUUGCUGCGACUGCGUCUCCUGUCCCUCCCUCAGUUCCGCCUCAGUGAUGUCAUGCGGGAGUCACUGUCACAGGACCCCCUGGCCACCGUGGCCCCCCUCCUCUCUCAGCCGCACCUCUCAGCCCUAGACCGGCGCCUGGCCACCGUGCUUCAAACCGUGGAUCGCUGUCAGGAGAGACAUCGACACCAUGAGGUCAUCUACAAUGACAUGGACGAGGAGAAAGAGAAGAAGGUCGAAAACAGACAGAGGAGUGGGGGGAGGAAGGAAGAGAGAAUUGAACAGGAGCAGCCUGGUCCUUCUACCCAAAUCACACCCAGCCAGAGAAGGCCACCGAAACCGUCCAACUCCCCAGGUUCUCCACUGCAGAGCAAUGAGACGGACAUCCGGAAAAUAGACAGACUAAUUGUGACCUGUGGGUCCGAAAAGGGCAUCCUGGACAAAUACAAGCUGGAGAAAGGCCGGGUAUGCAUAAAGGUAAAAGACCGCUGGUACAGCCCCUCUGGUUUUGAGCAAUUAGGGGGAAAGGAGAAGUGGAAGAAUUGGAAGCAGAGCAUUCGCUGCAAUGGCAUCCCUUUGGCACAACUGAUUAAGAAUGGUGAAUUGAAAUGCACAAACAAAAUGCGCAGGGGAUGUGCGGUGAAUAAGAAAACGAGACCAUUUCCUUCAAGACGCUCCAUCACAGACACAGAUUCUGAUGAAGAAGAAGAAGAUGAGGAGGAAGAUGACAUUGAAAAUGAACAUGUUGAUCAGGGGGAUGAAAGUCGUAAUGAUGCUGAUAUGUCAGCAUUUGGAGGUAGCUGCUUGGAAGUGACCUGUGGGUCAGUGAAAGGAACUCUACACAAGGAUAGAUUUGUCAAAGACACCCUGGGCCGAUGCAUUCGGACAGAGGACAAGUGGCUGACCCCCACGGACUUUAUGAAGGAGGACCCCAACGUCAUAUCUGGCUCUUGGAAGAAAAGCAUCUUGUACAAAGGAAAAUCUCUCAGCUUCCUCAUUAAGGAGGGGUUCUUGCAUCGCCACUCUCUGCUUUGUGAGUGUGACCUCUGCAUUGGCCAGGACCUGGAAGAUCAAGUAAACGAUGACUGGUGCUUCAUAUGUGGUGUUCAGGGUGAGCUGGUGUGCUGUGACCAGUGUCCUCGUACCUUCCAUGCUAACUGCCACCUGCCAGCUUUGGACGACAGCAUCCUAUGUAACACAGAGAAGUGGAUUUGUACGUACUGUGUGCUAAAGGAGAGCCAGCGAUACAGCUACUCUGGUCUCAUAUCUCCCACAGAGGCCCAGGGCCGUUGCAUAUCUGACUACAUGCUGGUGACAAACAAGACAGACUUCAUGGAGAAGCAGCUGGACCAGGUUGCUGAGAAGUUGAAGGGGAAGCAGUACUCUGUUGUGGGUCAGUUUGUCUCUGACAUCAACCUCAUCUUCGACAACGACACCACAUUCAACAAGGACAAGGGAUUUGAGAGAAUGAGUGCUGAGCUCCAAAUUUUAUUCCAGAAGGAAUUUCAGAGAGUCUUCAAUGUCCAACAGAGGGAAUGGGGAAAUUUCUUGGAGUAUAAAAUGUCCUGCAUUAUGACUUUGUUGCUCAUUUUCUCUCCCGCUCUUCUGCGCAGACCUUCACAGCCUCCCACCCGCAGAGUGUCUUUUGCCUCCAAUCUACCCACCACAGAGGAAGAGGAUGCUGAACAUGUGGGUGGAAGCCGAAAUGGUGUAGAUACGUCGACAUUUGGAGGCAGCUCCUUCCCAGUGACCUGUGGGUCAAUGAGGGGGACUCUGCACAAAAAUCGAUUUGUUGACGACACCCCCAACCGAUGCAUUCGGACAGAGGACAAGUGGCUGACCCCCAUGGACUUUAUGAAGGAGGACCCCAGCGUCACCUCUGGCUCUUGGAAGAAAAGCAUCUUGUGCCAGGGAAAACCUCUCAGCUUCCUCAUUAAGGAGGGGUUCUUGCAUCGCCACUCUCUGCUUUGUGAGUGUGACCUCUGCAUUGGCCAGGACCUGGAAGAUCAAGUAAAUGAUGACUGGUGCUUCAUAUGUGGUGUUCAGGGUGAACUGGUGUGCUGUGACCAGUGUCCUCGUGCCUUCCAUGCUAACUGCCACCUGCCUGUUUUGGAGGACAGCAUCCUUGGUAACACAGAGAAGUGGAUUUGUACGUACUGUGUGCUAAAGGAGAGCCAACGAUGCAGCUACUCUGGUCUCAUAUCUCUCACAGAGGCCCAGGGCCGUCGCAUCUCCGACUACAUGCUGCAUUGCCAGUGUCUCCUAUUGUGUCUGUACAAGAGAGUUUUCUCAUCCGGACACUGCCACACUGUGAUGAACAGGAGGGUAGUCGUUGAGAAAGGACUGGAAACUGUCACUGAGAAACUGCAGGGCAAGCAGUACUCUGUCGUGGGUCAGUUUGUCUCUGACAUCAACCUCGUCUUUGACAACUGUGUCACGGUGAACAAGGUCUGA